AGUCGGCGCUAAACCAGAGCUGGAUUGUAUCGGGGAAAAGCCUGUCUUUCAAGCCCUGAGCCAAGGAGGCUCGCGCCGCUCGCUCUCGGAGGCUUGGAAAUUUCCACAUCAUGUAGGAUGAGACAGACUCGCUCUGCUUCACGCGGCAUCAGCAGCUCGGUGCGGGAGCUAAUGCUGAGCAGCACCCGGCAGUGGAAGCUGGAGUGCCCAAUUAAUGAGAAACAUAAUGUAUUUUGUGAAAAAAGAGCCCAGGAUAAAGCUAAUGUUGAUGUGAGACAGGAAAAAGGAAGAAAAGUCCUAAGCCCUCCCCCUUCAAAGACUUCCUCUGCCUCUAUUUUUGGGGACUAUUUCAGGAUGGGUGGAUGACAGGGAUAACCUGCAACAGUUCUUUUCUCUGCCUGACUCUAUUCCAAAGAAAAUUCAUAUGAUAUGAGGUACAUGCCAGAGCCCUGCUCUUCCAGCCCUGGUACGACCUUCAAUCCCCUCCUUGCCGCCAUCAUUGGAUCUCAAACCCUUUCUUCCAUUCCCACUGGACACUGCUGCAGCUGUCAAUCUCUUCCCCAAUUUUAAUGCUAUGGAUCCAAUUCAAAAAGCUGUAAUAAAUCAUACAUUUGGGGUUCCUCUUCCUCACAGAAGAAAGCAAAUCAUAUCUUGCAACAUAUGCCAAUUGAGAUUUAAUUCAGAUAGCCAGGCUGCGGCCCACUACAAAGGCACUAAACAUGCCAAGAAGCUCAAAGCACUGGAAGCCAUGAAAAAUAAGCAGAAAUGUGUAACUACCAAGGACAGCGCAAAGACUAUCUUCACUUCCAUCACUACCAAUACCAUCAAUACCAACUCUGACAAAACAGAUAGUACAACCGAAGCACCAGCAAUAUCAACAUCUCCAGCGGUCGAAAUUCGGAAGACCAGUGUAACAAUGACUGAAAUCACCUCAAAAAUAGAAAAAUUUCCGUCCACUGCCACCAGCAGUAGUGUGAGCUCCUUAGGAGAGACAGAAGAAGAAAAGGCCAAACGGUUGCUUUAUUGUUCACUAUGCAAGGUUGCUGUCAACUCUGCCUCCCAGCUGGAGGCACAUAACAGUGGCACAAAGCACAAAACUAUGCUAGAAGCUCGUAGUGGGAGUGGAACCAUCAAAGCCUUUCCUAGGACAGGUGUCAAAGGAAAAGGACCUAUCAAUAAAGGAAAUACAGGACUUCAGAACAAAACAUUUCACUGUGAAAUUUGUGAUGUGCACGUGAAUUCUGAAACACAACUUAAACAGCACAUAAGCAGUAGAAGGCACAAAGACAGAGCUUCUGGGAAACCUCCAAAACCCAAAUACAGCCCCUAUAACAAACUCCAGAAAGGAACACACCCACUUGGGGUCAAACUUGUAUUUUCAAAAGAAGCUGCAAAACCAGUAGCUCCACGGAUACUCCCCAACCCACUGGCAGCUGCAGCAGCAGCUGCUGCUGUGGCUGUAAAUUCCCCUUUCAGUCUUCGAACAGCCCCACCAGCUACUCUUUUUCAGACUUCUGCACUUCCUCCAUCACUUCUUCGACCCGCCCCUGGACCUAUACGGACGACUCACACACCUGUCCUGUUUGCUCCAUAUUGAAUUCCAUCAAUGAAUUAAGUGUACUGCAAUAAUUUUUCAGAAAAAAGCAAAACAAGGACAAUGACUAUGCAGUGUUAAAAUUUAUUGUGUAUCUCUGUGUGUGUGUGUGUAUACACACACACACACACACACACAAACACACACACACACACAAAUACAUGACUUUUAAUAGAGAUCUUAAUCAAUUUUAAAGAAAGGAAAUUGGCUGCAUAUUCUACCAAUGAGAAUCUUACAAAUUAUCCUGCAACAUUGGUUGAUUUUGUGUGUGUGUGUUUGUGUGUAUGUAAAAUGAAUAAAUAUUCAUAUAUGUAGAAAAAAAAUCUAUGUGUAUGUAUAUAAAUACACAUAUACACACACAUACUAGUAUUGAAGCAAUUUUGAUUGUGCUUUUUGGCACAGAUCCCACCUACAGUAACUUUAUUGUUUAUGAACAACUAGUCAGAACUGUUUAAAGGGCAUUAACUGAUUUCAAUGUACAUAAAAUACUUAAUUCUUAGAAUGAAAGGGGAAAGGAAUAGAAGUACUGUGAAUACCAGUACGCAUAACCACUGCUCCUGCCAAGUCAGCAUUUCCUGGGUAUUUAUCUGAUAAAAAUGGAUACAAUACAGAAAUGUUCAUAAACUGAGAAGACAUAGUUGACAUCUUCCUUCUUUGGCAAGUUGCCACAAUAUUUGUGAGCCUAGGAAGAAGCUUUGGCAGUCACCCUGCACAAAAUUUCCCCUAGGAUACACCCUAUAAACACUGCAGAAUGUACAACAGAGUUGACAAGCAAAUUAAGAAGGGAAUGGCAACCCACUUCUGCUUUGUUGCCAAGUAAGCCAAAAUGGUAAACCCAGCUAUGUAGUUGUUAGGAGUCAAGCAUGACUCAAAAGAAAUUUAAUUUACAGCAGAUGUGUUCAGAUAGGAUUGCAAUAUUGGCUUCUCUCCCAAAUGCAAGACUUUCCAAUUAGUUAUAUCACCAUUUCAGUGAAACUCUAAUCUUGAAAGCCCUUAGUUGGAUAUUUCUUUCUGAAGGUCUGCCUAUCCAUCUUGCCUCUUUGCUUCAUCACAAGUGGCAUUUAACAUUUCCCUGUGCUUUAAAUGUACAUGUAAUGUUAAAUAAAUUGGGUGCUGAUUGUUCAGGACAGAAGAAAAAGUUCCACUAUACAUACAUGUUCUUGUGUGCUCAACCUGAUUAUGAUUGGGAGACCUACUGUGGCAUCUGUGUUAUCUGUAGCAAUCAAUCAAAAUACAGGCAGGAGAAAUUGAUCUUAGUCUAUAGUCCAGGAGGUGAAGGAAUCAGGGUCCAUAACAAGUGAUGUAACCUGGCAAAGGCAUCUGUAUCAACACUGCAAUUAUCUUAAAUAGCCCAAUAGUGAUCUGAUCACCUGUACUUCUAAUGUUCUCAUGAAAAUAGGCCACAGAUUUCCUUUUCCUUCAGUCAAAUCUCAAUGGUAGCAGUUGGUUUUCAUAUUACUGAAAUGUCAUGUCUCCCUUACUCCCUUACUUUCUGGAAUUUCAGGUUUGCCAAAGGAAAAUAAUAUUUUGAAAUAUUUUAUGGAAAAAGGAAAUGCAUCUAAAAUCAAAUUAAGACCGUAAAAUGGAUAAUCUCAUAACAAAAGUUAUAUAUUUCAGCAGAUUGUGGUUAAAAACAGUGAUUAGAAAAUGAAUAGAUACAGCAUUGGUUAUAGAACAAACAAAAGGAACACAGAGCAGAUUUGUGAAGCGGUUUGUUUAUGCCACAUGUAGAGGUUGUGGUAAUAAUAAAAUACAUUGCUACUGUUUGGGAUCUAAUAUAAAUCUAAGUUAUAUUUUAUCAGAAAGCCAUACUAUAUGGACAGAUGCAACCCAUGGACCAGAAAUUUUGUAUCUGUCUUUUGUAUCAUAACCUUUUAGCCUUUAUGCCAUUUUACAGACCUACUGAAAGGAAACUCUUGUUGAUAUGGGAUUGCAACCUUAAGGCUGUACAUUCACUGUGAGGCAUUAAAAAAUGAAAUAUUGGAAAUCUAUAGAGCUAUAUUGUAUAUAUGUUAGAAUUCAGAAUAAUUUAUGCAGAGAAAACUAUAUAAAAUAAUUAAAUUGAGCCAUUCAUUUUUAGAAAAGGGUUAUGAAACAGUUGGCGAGAAAUAGCAGAGGGGAUGGGAAAGAAAUGUAUCUAUUCUGAAUCUUUGAUAUUUCUGCUGAUAUUGUCUUGAAGAAAUUAAAUUCUCAUUCAGAAGCAGCCAUUCUGCUAUACAGCUAUGAUGCUCACAAGUAGGUUUUAGCAAAUAGACCACAUUUUAAGCUGAGUGGAGUGUGGAAGCUUAAAGAUUAUUCAUGAAAUACUAGUUAUAUUAAAGCAACCUCCAUAAAUUUGCACAUUCCUAUGUUGUAUAGUAUCAAUAGUUAUUAUUUUUAUUUUCUAUUAUUGUUAGCAUACACAAACACCCCAUUUAGUACACUAAGCCAGACAGCACUUCAGCUUUAAAAGAAAAAUAGAUAAGGAGGAGCACUCUCCUCGUAUCAGUCUGCCACUCUUUCAAAUGGCUGUGUCUGUUUCUGGAAUCAUGAAGCUACUUAUUCAAACUCCUGGGUUGUAGUGUUUUUAGCACUUGUCCCACUCAGUUGGCAGAGUCAUCUUGUUUUGCAUUACAUUCACUGUAGUUAGUAGAAUGGCGCAUAUUGGUGCAUGAUAUAUAACAAGAGCAUUAAAGUUGCAGUCCUGAUGUUGAUUAAGGACAAAAAGGAAGUAAGUACUCUAAAGCUUCUAAACUGAUGUCUACGCCAAUGGUAGCCUAUUAAUCACUACACCACAUGUCAUCCCAUUGAAGUAGCGCAGAAAAGAAGCAGCAAUCAAGAGUAGCACUACUUAAUAUUACCCUUGUUGUAAAAUUAUAGUAACCAAAUUUUGGAAGUUUGAAAAGAUCUUUACCUUCCCUUACUUUAGUCUUCUAAAACUACAGAGUCCUUUCUAAGAUGUUUUCAUUACUCUCAUCCAUCCUUCCAAAUCAUAUUUUGUUUAUAGGAACAGUGUCUAGGCUGCUGCUCUUCCCACUGUCUCCCAAGCUUAUUCCCUAAUACAUUACUGCAUAUUAGUUCUAUUCAGUUUGCUGAAGAGUUGUUGACCAAUAUCACUUAUAUAGCUUUAAUUUUUCUUUCCAAAUCAGAAACUCAACACUGCUAAUUAGUAUUUGAUGAUUGAUUUUAGAAAAGUUGGUGUGAGUGUGUGUGUCUGCUCACACGCACGCGUAUCCAUAUAAAUGUGUGGAUGUGGAUGUGUAUAUAGACUCUUCUAAGUCUAGGUGGAAGAUUCCACUGAGGGUUGUGAAAAGUAAAAGGUCUAAGAUCCUGUGGCAUUUCCAAAUUCAGAUGGGCAGGUACUGGCCAAUCAACCAGAUAUCUUGGUAGUAGACAAAGACCAGAAGCCAACAGUGAUGAUAGAUGUUGCUGCCAACUGACAGCAACAUUAGAAAGAAGGAGUAUGAGAAACUGGAAAAGUACCAGGGUCUAGGGAAAAUGUGGAAAGUAAAGGCCAAAGUGGUCCCAGUAGUGGUAGAAGCAUUUGCAGAAGGAUUUCUUCCAUUCUUAGUAGAGCAUGGAAACCAUCUGUUAUAUUGUUAUAAAGGAUCUCCCAAUGCUCUGGAGCAGAUUUUUGUAAAUUGAAAGACUGCAGGAGAAAGAAGGAGAUAAGAGUACAGAUUAUUCCAUGAGCAAAUUUCUAUGGCUGAAAUUCUCUAUCCAAUCCAACUAUGUGCCUCCAAAGUUCAAACAGACUCAGAUUUGUUAAAUUCUUAUUUUCCAAGAGAGCUCCAAUUGAUUUAUUUAUAAAUAUUUCACUUAUAUUAUUUGCAACUGUUUGUGCCUUGAAGUUAAGUUUAUCAGUCUUAUACCACAUAUAGAAUAUGAAGUCAAGGAUAUCUGUUUUUUUGGUUUUUAUUUUCUUUCAUUAGUUGUUCAAGAUUAUAAUAAUAAGUGUAACAUAUUUAAAAAUUCAUUUUCCAGGUUGCUGAAUUAGCCAGUGAUCAGAUUUAUGGAAUGUUAACAGUGAAAUUCAUUUUUGGAAAUAAAUCUAUAAGAAAAAAAAUCUAUGAAUGUGAAUACACAUACCUGCCUCUGACCACAUUAAUUCACAAAGAGACAGGAAAUAUGUAAACUUCAAGAUGUUGAAUUGUGUCUCUCAUUGAAUCUCAUUGCCAUAUUGGCCAGGUCCAAUGGGAAAUGAAAGUAUUCAACAUUCGGAGGAAGAUUGCAAUUAGUGUAACUAGAUUUGGACUGCAAAACUUUUACAAACCACUUCAUUUAAUUAACUGAUACCAACAUUCUUAAAUUUUUGCUUCCAGCUAGUGAUUGCAGUCAAAUAAUCAUAUGUCUAUCAGCUUAAAUUAAACCAUUAAAAUAAGACCUUACCACAACCUUCUCCAAGCUUCUAGUCAUGUCAGUUUUUCAGUUUUCAUUAUGGCUAGUUAAAAGUGAAGUCAUUUGGAAAAUUUCCCAUUAGAGAAUGGCCUCGAAGAUUCAUCUGAAUCUAAAAUUGAAUUUAUUCUUAAUGUAUAGAAAUGCUCACCACAAAAAUGGUUACCAUAUAUCUCCAGAUACUUUCCAAGUGAUAUUAGGAAUAUGGAACAGGAGAUACCACUAAUGUGUAUGGUGAUUGUGUAUAGUAAUUAUAGAAAUGUUUUCUUUAUAAAAAUUGUUGGGAUGGUACCCCAUGACCAUUUUAGGAUGUAUUCCAAUAAUUUAUUUCAACUUUUUUGGUGCAAUAAGGAUAACAACUGCUGGCAUGUCUAUAUAUGUCAAUUUUUUUCACGCUAAGCUAUAUAAAGGUUUUCUAAACCCACAGAGCCUUUGUUUGUGGCCAUAAAUUUUUUUCAUAGAACAAAGCCAUAGCAUGACUAGAGAGACUCAGAAAUGAUUUUUCUUACAUGAAAUAAUAUGCAAACUGAUGACUGGGAAUCAUGCAAAUGGCCUAGGACAUGCCUUUUCUUAUUAAAAAUAUAACUAAAAUAAACAGAUUUAUAGUACUUUUGCCUGUGGUGUUUAUGGAGGCACAAUAAGAAUGGCACAGAUAAAGUUUUGCUCAGAAUAGUCAUUCCUACUUUUCUUAUCUGCUGUAUACUCUUUUAUGUUGUUUGAUUUUUUUUUUGUCAUCACAGUGCUAUAUGCAAACACGAAUCUCUUACAUAAAAGUCUUUCCUUGACCUCAGCUCUGUAAGCAACAAUCCUUUCAAUGUCUCUUACUCACUACCUAAUAAAGGAUGAAGCCUAAAUGUGAAAAAUGUGUGAAACAUUA